AUGACUGGACUCGGGCUACGAGGCGUCGCCUUCAUCACCGGCGCAGGAGGCGCCCUCGGCCGGGCCAUGGCGUUGCAAUUCGCGCGCGACGGCGUCCGGCGCAUCGCAGGCGUCGACCUCUCGCCCCAAGGCCUGUCCGACACGGCCCAGGCUCUGCGCACCGCCGACCCCGCGGUCGAUUUCUUGCCUCUCGCGGCCGACAUCAGCAACGAGGAGCAGGUCGCCACUGCAUUUCGGUCGGUGAUACACAGGUUUGGCCGGGUCGACUACGCCGUCAACAAUGCCGCCAUUGCCGGCCCCUUGGGCCCCACCGACACCCUCGCCGUCGACGACUUGGACCGAGUCCAGAAAAUCAACCUGAGGGGAACCUGGCUCUGUGAGCGCGAGGAAUUGAAGCACAUGGCGACCCAGGAGCCGCUACAGACUGAGGGUGACCGAGUCCCUUCCAGGGGUUCCAUCGUCGUCGUCUCGUCGCUCCUGGGCAUCCGCGCCAUGCCCCAAAACAGCCUCUACACCAUCUCCAAGCACGCCAUCCUCGGUCUGGUGAGAACCGAUGCUCUCGACUAUGCGGCCAAGGGGAUCCGGAUCAACGCAGUUUGUCCAGGGUGA